AUGCCUGAACUGGCGGACACGUUCGUGAACUUUCCAGUGCUCACGGGAACCUACGCCAACAUGAUACUCAAUCAAUAUUAUGCUAACGGUGUCUACUCGUGUGGCGCACCAUUCUUGGCAUUGGCCACGUCUCACCUUUACUACGCCUGUCGCAAGUCUGGAACCAUCAAGAACCGAUGGGAAGACAUGGAGUUCUUCGCGCAUGCUGUUAACUCAGGGCCAUGUUCUUUGGGGUUGCAAGAUCUGGAGCAGACUUCAGGCAGCGUGGUCUCUUGUGCAAAGCAAUUCGGCAUUGCACUCGGCGUACCGCUCACGGAAUAUAGCAGAGAGCAAAAGCGGAAGCGAGGUCAACUUGAACGAGCUCCCCUGCCAUCCCUGGCGACUAUGCUCAAGAAGAGACCACAACUUGCUCCUUGUACGACGUGGAUCAUGACAGUCUAUCAUCGACACCUCAUUUCCCGGGACCAGAGCAUUACACGGGGAAAGGCACUUAAGCAUGCGAUGGCAAAAGUUUUCACAUUGCUUUCAUCAGUGACCAAGUGCAAAGUCAACGACGAACUCGUCUCUCAAUGGGAGGCGUGUCGCAAGCUCCAGCCCACAGAACUGCUUUCAGUCCUCAGGACUGCCAUGAUGUCCGACGACGAGAAGCUCGCCUUCGACUACCACUCCUUUCUGCUACAGUGCAGAGGUAUCAUGCAGUGGGUCAUCGACACCAUGGCUGACGCUGGCCGUGCGAUUCUAUCGGAAGGACCGCUCGACCUCGCAAUCUCUCAGCUCGAGCGUGAAGACCAGGCCUCAUCUCGCUCAAUCGUGAUGGACACAGUCGAUGACAUUCUUUGGAUGUCCGCGUUGGCGCAAGAUCAUAACAUCCCAGACGCCCCGCUUGUGAUCAUCGGCGAACACAUUGACGAUGUCGUACAGCAGCGGGGACCCUCUUACCACCUUGACGAUGCGAAAAACUUUGCAAGAACACUGUUGCGCACAUGCAGGGACAAGAACGCCGAAGAGAGGGCGCAAAGCGUCCCUCAAAGACGUGCUGAUCUCAGCAACGUGCGCGCCACUAUCGUCGGCAGCAGGCUUACCAUGACUGGUCUCGAGACUGCAGAUCUCCGUGAGAACAUGGCGGCGAGUGAUACAGGCGAAUACAUUGGCGAAGUUUCCGAACAUGCGGCUGAUUUACCAGCACCACUGGGCUACCUUCCACCGUGUGUUGAGGACUGCCAGGAGGAUGAGGACGCACAAGAGGGAGUCGGCGUCAGUCCUGUGAUCGCGCAAGAGACAGAGGAUUGCGCUGGCUACAACGGUACGAAGCGAAGAGCAAGCGAUUCACUAUAG